GAAACAAUGAGUUCAACCCAACAGGACCAACAUGGAGCGAGAAGUCAGCGCUCUGAGGAGGCUGACAAACCUCACAGAAGGAAGGGAGGAAAAAAAUACACCUGUGAUCAGUGUGGGAAGGAUUUUACCUGGAAGUGUAAGCUAAAAAGACAUCAAAUGAUCCACACUGGAGAGAAGCUGUUCAGCUGUGACUUGUGUGGAAAGUCUUUUACCCAGGCUGGAAGCUUAAAAACACACCAACUCAUCCACAGUGGAGAGAAGCCGUACAGCUGUGAUCAGUGUGGCAGAGCUUUCACUCAGAGUAGCAGCUUAAAGAAUCAUCAAGUUACCCACUCUGGAAUUAAGGCAUACAGCUGUGACUAUUGUGGAAAAACUUUCAGUCAGCUAAGGUACAGAAAUAGACACCUACACUUUCACACUGGACAUGAUGUGUACUGCUGUGAUCAGUGUGGAAAAUCUUUUACCCAGGCUGGAAGCUUAAAAAGACAUCAAGUCAUCCACACUGGAGAGAAGCCGUAUAGCUGUGACUUGUGUGGAAAGUCUUUUACCCAGGCUGGAAGCUUAAAAACACACCAACUCAUCCACAGUGGAGAGAAGCCGUACAGCUGUGAUCAGUGUGGCAGAGCUUUCACUCAGAGUAGCAGCUUAAAGAAUCAUCAAGUUAGUCACUCUGGAAUUAAGGCAUACAGCUGUGACUAUUGUGGAAAAACUUUCAGUCACAUAGGGAACAGAAAUACACACCUACGCAUUCACACUGGACAUGAUGUGUACAGCUGUGAUCAGUGUGGCAAAAAGUUUGGAACAGACUCACAGUUACAACGCCACAUG